AUGGACUCACGCAAGGACCAUACAGACACUCUCCCUCCUUUCUCUCCUCCCAUCAACAUCAUCCCACUUGGUACAAAUACACUACCCUACGACCCCUUCAUCCCCCCUCCAGCACAGCCCAACGCUCGCUACCUCACCGCGCUCUCCUCCCUCUGGCCUAUCGCUAAACAAGUGAUUAAGAUAGCAAAGGACACGCCGGUUCUCGAAGACGGCAGUAUUGAUCUAGAGAGCUCGACUGCAGAGAGCUGGGAAGAGUUCGGGAGGAUCUUGCUGCACAACAAAGAUGGCUUCUACCCCCUGCACAAGCUAGACCGAGAACUCUACUUCCUCGCUCUCCCAUCUCCAGAGCUCAGCGAAGAACGUUACACCGCAGCGCGUCAGAUUAACGUUGCCCUCCUCUUCGCACUGCUCUUCCCCACCGAGGCAACCCAGCUCAAUUCCUACGCUCAAUGGGUCACAUUCCUCUCACAGCUCAAGGAGACUUACCUCCUCCUAUGCGCCGGACGGGGUAAGGCUGAGCUCCUCUGGGUAAACCUCGAACGUAUCUCCGACAUUUGUAUUACCUUAUGCCUCGCGCUCGAAGCACUCGACAGCAAAUCCUCCGGCCUGAACGCCUUCCGUCUGGUAUUCAACCAUUCCCACCUUCGUCACCCGCAACUCGUGUCCGGGUCUAAACCAGUCAUCCCACCCUCCGACCUCCCACGGUUCGAGAGCACAUGGACGACGCGUGCCCUGCAGGACCUGCGGAAGUUCGCAAAGCGCCCGCCUAAACUGGAAGACGCGAUCUCCACCUUGCGCACGGGGCUGUUGAAGGAUAUCCUGAAUGAAGUCCUUCCCGUGCUCGGGAACUAUGCGGCAGCAUCAGCGACGCCUUUCCCCACGCCUUCCAAACCUAUCCCUGCUGCAAAACCCAAGCGUACCGUCCCAUCGGACUUUGCGUGGAACGCAAAGCAGACCGAUGCCGUCCGGCUGGAGGAAAGCUCCUCUUUUGCAGAAGUAGUGAUAGAGCUUGAGGAGCCUGUCAAGUCCAAGCGCGGAAGGAAGGGCGUGAAGGGCAAGGGCCGGCCGAGGAAGGGUACCAGAGGCAGGUCGGGGAGCAUCGCUGGUAUAGAGACAGAGACGGAGCAAGAACCGGAGCUGGAGCAAGAGCAGGAAGAGGAGGUCGACCUCAUCGUUGUCGAACCUCCUGCUCCCACAAUACCCACCAUCCCCGAAGAAGCGGACGACGAUGAGAGCCUGCCGGACGUAGAUCAAAUCAUCGCCGAGACCCAGCUGGAAGUAGAGGCGGAGGCGACCAUCGUCCUUACUACCCAGCCGCUCGCUCUGAACGGUAAGAAACGCGCUGGGGAAGAGUCCAGGUCUCCUACACCUCGGCCUGCUAAGAAACAGGCUGUCUUGGAGCCGCAAGCUGCAAGACCUGCCACACAGUUGCCCACCCCAGAGCCUUUCUUCCAGGAGAGGCCAGCUGCAGCUACAAGCUCAUCACCCGCACCUACGGAAACGCCCCGGGAGAGUGCCCGACCGCCGGCCUCUGCCCAUCAGGAGGAUGACGACGAAGUUCCUGAGGAGGAAGUAGAGCAAGAAGAAGAAAUCGACCAACUUCGAUAUUCUGUCCCCGUUCCCACUCCUCACAAGCAGCUCUCCGAACCUAGUUCGUCCAAAAAGGCGCACACCCCGCCGCCAAAGGGAGGCAAGCAGUCUAAACGCCAACCGACGCCUCCUGUCCAGGCAUCGGGAAAAAAGAGCAGCCGCUAUGCCACAGGCGGGAACGAGACUGGUCGCAAGGUUUGGAGUACCGUCGAGGAUAACGCGCUUAUGAGCGCUCUUCGGGAACUGCACGAGGGGUCGCACACAUCUAUGAAGUGGAAGACGAUCCUCGAUUGGCAUGGGUCGGACGGCAGUAAGUCCACCAUUCUGAAAGGCCGCAAUAACGCCCAGGUCAAGGAUCGUGCGAGGAAUCUAUACCUCAAGUUCCAGAGGAAUGGGCAGGUUCCGCCUGUGUGGCUCCCCGAAAGGUGAGGAGAAGAAC